GUUUAUAGUCCAUUCAUUCAAAAAAAUUAUUAAAAUAUGAAGAGCUUUGUAAGCUAUAUGGCUAUUGUGGAGAAAAAUAAGCCUUAUGUUUCAAUGCUCUUUAUUCAGUUUGUAUAUGCAGGCAUGGCUUUAUUAUCUAAGGCUGCAAUUUCCAAAGGAAUGAACCCUUUUGUUUUUGUUGUUUAUAGACAAGCCUUUGCAUCAGUUUCCUUAUCUCCAUUUGCUUUCUUUGACAGUAAGCAGAGUGCUCCCUUGUCAUGCAAGUUACUGUGCAAGUUGUUUCUUAUUUCACUUGUUGGGUUGACAACAAGUUCAACACUUUACUAUGUUUCAAUCAACUACACUUCUGCAACAUUUGCUGCAGCCUCCACUAACACUGUCCCAGCUAUUACUUUUAUCAUGGCAGCUUUAAUUAGGGUGGAAAGCAUUUCCAUAAAAAAUGUGCAUGGAGUUGCUAAGAUUUUUGGUUCUGCUCUAAGCCUUUCUGGGGCAAUAACAUUUGCCUUAUUCAAAGGACCUGCCCUUGAUUUCAUGAGAUGGUAUCCACAAAAUCAGAACCAUUCAUCAUCAUCAUCAUCAACUUCUGUGGUUCACUCCAAAGGGGAUAAUAUCAAAGGUGCUCUUAUGAUGCUCUCAGCAAACAUUGCUUGGUCCUUAUGGCUUAUUUUGCAGGGAUUUGUUGUGAAGGAAUAUCCAGCAAAAUUUAGGCUUACAAGUGUUCAAUGCUUGUUUAGCUUCAUUCAAUCAUCUGUUUUGGCUUUAUCAGUGGAGAGAGAUCCAUCAUCAUGGAAGCUUGGAUGGGAUAUUCAUCUUCUUUCAGUGGCCUAUUGUGGUGUAAUUGUAACAGGGAUUUGUUAUUGGCUACAAGUGUGUACAAUAGAGACAAAAGGACCAGUUUUCACAGCCAUGUUCACUCCUCUUGCUCUCAUAAUCACAGCAAUGUUAUCAGCACUUUUGUGGAAAGAAACACUUUACUGGGGAAGUAUUGGUGGCACUAUUUUAUUGGUUGUUGGAUUGUAUAGCGUAUUGUGGGGGAAGAGCAAGGAGAGCGUAGAAAGGAAAAAUCAUGAAGUUGAAGAAGUUGAACAAAUUAAAGAGGAAAACAGAUUGGAGUGCAUUAUACAGAAUUGAAGAAUCUGAUUGAUUAGACAAAAAAUUAAGAAAUGAUAUAUGUAUAUGUCUUCCCUGUCCCAUAAUGUUUUGUUGAAUGCCCUUCCUUUUAUGCAUGCCUCUUUAAUUUAUAAAUGUCUUGUGUAUAUCUUAUCAACUUUAAUUAGUAGUAUCAUUAUUUUUCCAUCUACUUUUUC